AUGGCUUCUGCAUCUUCUUCUUCUUCUUCUUCUACUCUCCGAAAGAACUAUGAUGUCUUCUUAAGCUUCAUAGAUGAAGACUUUGGUGGUGAAGGUGAGGGUGAUGACUCCAGUAGAAACUUCAUUGACCAACUCUAUCAAGCUUUGAUCCAAAAAGGUUACCGUAUCUUCACAAACGAAGACAAUAAGCGCAACCUCGACGAUCAUAUCACCUCUGAAUUCCUAAAAACCAUUGAAGAAUCGAAGGUUUCGAUUGUUGUCUUCUCCAAGAACUACAGUUCUUCCAUAUGGUGCCUCGAUGAACUGGUGAAAAUGUUAAUCUGCAAACAUCAGAUGGAUCGGACUGUUCUUCCCGUUUUCUAUAAGGUGGAUCCUUCUCAUUUUCGGAAACAAAAUGGGUUUCUAGAGAAAACCUUUGCUGGGUACGAAGAGAGAUUCAGAUCGGAGAUGGAACAGGUGAUGAGAUGGAGAAAGGCUCUCACUGAAGCUGGGAAUUUGUCCGGUUGGCAUAUACAAGAUGUUGCAGACGG